AUGGUUUUUACUCGAUUUGCUAUUGAAUUAAAUGAAGUUGAUGAUGAUCUUCGACAACAAUUACCAUCAACAGAUACACCUGGACAAAUCGAUCAAGCUGAAAAAGAAAAAGCUCGUAUUGAACAAGCUCAAGGAUCACGUUCUGCAACUGGUCUAUGCCCUAAAUGGUUUAAACAAGAUGGUGAUUCAUUUGUCCUUCUUCAUGAUGAUGAUUCAGCACAUAAUUAUUGGAGAAAACGUGAAGAAAAUUGGACUGGUGUCGAAUUUAAAUAUUAUCGUGCAAUCAUGAAUGAAAUAUAUUUAUGGAAAUAUUUAAUUUAA